AUGACCACACGCGGCUGCCCGCGGCAGCGGGAGUCCGGCCGGCGUGAGAAGAAGACGCUGGUGCUGCGGGACAGAAAUCUGUGUGGCUCAAAUGAAGAAAAGCAGAAACCCAGUGCCACAAGCGAUUUGGUAUGUUGCAGUGACAAAAACGAGAGCGUGGAAGUGAAGCCCCAUUCGUACUUGGAAGCUAUUUGCAGCGGGCUGGAAGAUCCGGUAGCCGGGGGCUCGUGCGUGGACGGAGAGCAGCUGUGCCCCUGCUGUUACUUCGGCGAGCACUGUCUCUACCUCCACGGAGACGUGUGUGAAAUCUGCGGCUUGCAAGUGCUUCACCCUUUCGACCAAGAACAGAGGAAGGCUCACGAGAUGAUGUGUAUGGCGGCAUUUGAGCAUGAGAUGGAGAAGGCCUUUGCCUUUCAGGCAAGUCAGGACAAAGUGUGCAGCAUCUGCAUGGAAGUGGUGUAUGAAAAGCCGUCAGCUUCCGAGAGGAGGUUUGGGAUUCUUUCCAAUUGCAAUCAUACCUACUGUUUGUCCUGCAUCCGGCAAUGGAGGUGUGCCAAGCAGUUCGAGAAUCCCAUCAUCAAGUCUUGUCCAGAGUGCCGUGUGAUAUCGGAGUUUGUCAUUCCUAGUGCAUACUGGGUGGAAGACCAGGAGAAGAAGAAUAAGCUGAUCGAAGCAUUUAAGCAGGGAAUGGGGAAAAAAGCGUGCAAGUACUUUGAACAAGGAAAGGGAACUUGCCCAUUUGGAGGAAAGUGUCUUUACCUUCAUGCUUAUCCGGAUGGGAGGCGAGCUGAACCUGAAAAGCCAAGGAAACAGCUCAGCUCCGAGGGGACUGUGCGGUUCUUCAAUUCUGUUCGCCUCUGGGACUUUAUUGAAGACAGAGAAAGUAGGACUGUGUCCAGCACAGAUGAUGAAGUAACAGAACUGGGAGAUCUUUUCAUGCACCUUUCUGGGGCUGAUGAGGAUUCUGCUACUUCUCAAUAAAGAGAGUGAAAGGUGCUUUAGUGUAUAGCAAUCCAACUAUCUAUUUACUUUUUACAGCACAGAUGGAAUG